GUUCGAGUUCUUCCUCUACUACUCGUUACUCAGUACUCACUACUCACUACUAAAGCUCUGUUCAUUUUAUCUUCCACUCAUAAACCCAAACCCUAGAACGAACCUACGAAUACUCGUGCAGAGCCCGCCAAGGCUCUUCGUUCAAUCCACCAAGAACAUGCUCUGAAACUAUCCCCAAUCAUUCCAAUUUCAAUUUCCCAAGGAUAGAUAGAGUCUCUUCAAGAUGUGGAACAACGGCCAGAUUCUGCCGCCUGGAACUUCCGUUCCUCCGAUUCCUCCGCCUCCCGCUGCGCAACCCUCCUACACGGUGCUUCCGCCGCCGCCUCCACCUCCGGUGCCUAUGGAGACCGAGGCCGAUGCGGAGGCGCGCCUCGAGGAGAAGGCUAGAAAAUGGCAGCAGCUCAAUUCCAAGCGGUACAGCGACAAGAGGAAAUUCGGGUUUGUCGAGACGCAGAAAGAGGACAUGCCUCCCGAACAUGUCAGGAAAAUCAUCAGGGAUCAUGGUGACAUGUCCUCAAAGAAAUAUCGUCAUGACAAACGUGUUUAUCUUGGAGCACUUAAAUUCAUACCACAUGCAGUUUACAAACUUCUGGAAAAUAUGCCUAUGCCGUGGGAGCAGGUCCGAGAUGUGAGGGUCUUGUACCAUAUUUCUGGGGCUAUCACAUUUGUCAAUGAAAUACCAUGGGUCGUUGAGCCUAUUUAUCUCGCUCAGUGGGGUACCAUGUGGAUCAUGAUGAGAAGGGAGAAAAGAGAUCGUCGUCAUUUUAAGAGGAUGCGGUUUCCUCCAUUUGAUGAUGAGGAGCCUCCACUAGACUAUGCUGAUAAUCUUUUAGAUGUUGAUCCUCUAGAGCCAAUUCAGCUGGAGCUAGAUGAAGAGGAAGAUUCUGCUGUGUAUACUUGGUUCUAUGACCAUAAACCUCUUGUGAAAACAAAGCUCAUAAAUGGUCCUAGUUACCGGAAAUGGCAUCUUUCCCUCCCUAUAAUGGCAACUUUGCAUCGGCUAGCUGGGCAGCUACUUUCUGAUUUAAUUGACCGCAAUUAUUUCUACUUGUUUGACAUGGAGUCAUUUUUUACAGCAAAGGCUUUGAACAUGUGCAUACCCGGUGGACCUAAAUUUGAGCCUCUCUACCGUGAUAUGGAAAAGGGAGAUGAGGACUGGAAUGAGUUUAAUGACAUCAAUAAACUCAUUAUAAGGUCACCACUUCGCACAGAGUAUAGAAUUGCUUUUCCUCACCUUUAUAACAACAGGCCUCGCAAAGUAAAGCUUUGCGUGUAUCAUACUCCCAUGAUCAUGUUCAUAAAAGCUGAAGAUCCUGAUCUACCCGCAUUUUAUUAUGAUCCCUUGAUACAUCCAAUAACCAGUGCUAACAAGGAGCGCCGUGAGAAGAGAGUUUAUGAGGAUGAUGAUGAUGAUGAUUGGAUAUUGCCAGAUGGUGUGGAGCCUUUGCUUAAAGAUACACAACUUUAUACAGACACGACAGCUGCUGGUAUCUCUUUGCUGUUUGCUCCUCGUCCUUUUAAUAUGAGAUCUGGUCGCAUGAGGCGGGCAGAGGAUAUUCCUCUUGUGUCAGAGUGGUAUAAAGAGCAUUGUCCUCCAUCAUAUCCAGUUAAAGUUCGGGUUAGUUAUCAAAAGUUGCUGAAAUGUUUUGUGUUGAACGAGCUGCAUCAUAGACCUCCUAAGGCUCAAAAAAAGAAGCACUUAUUCCGAUCUCUCCAAGCAACUAAGUUUUUCCAAACCACUGAACUUGAUUGGGUUGAGGCAGGUCUUCAAGUUUGUAGGCAGGGGUAUAACAUGCUGAAUCUGCUGAUACACAGGAAAAAUUUGAACUACCUUCACCUUGAUUAUAAUUUUAAUCUAAAGCCUGUGAAAACCUUGACUACAAAAGAGCGGAAGAAAUCACGAUUUGGUAAUGCUUUCCAUCUCUGUCGUGAGAUCCUCCGAUUGACGAAACUCGUGGUUGAUGCCAAUGUUCAGUUCCGUUUGGGGAAUGUUGAUGCUUUUCAGCUUGCAGAUGGUCUGCAGUAUACUUUUUCACAUGUUGGACAGUUGACUGGUAUGUAUAGGUACAAGUAUAGGCUUAUGCGGCAAAUAAGGAUGUGCAAGGAUUUGAAGCACUUGAUUUACUACCGCUUUAACACUGGGCCUGUUGGGAAGGGACCUGGGUGUGGGUUUUGGGCACCAAUGUGGAGGGUUUGGUUAUUCUUCCUUCGUGGUAUUGUGCCCCUUCUUGAACGAUGGCUGGGCAAUUUACUUGCACGGCAGUUUGAGGGGCGCCAUUCAAAAGGAGUGGCCAAGACUGUAACUAAACAGCGUGUUGAGAGCCACUUUGACUUGGAGCUUCGGGCAGCAGUUAUGCAUGACGUGCUUGAUGCCAUGCCAGAGGGUAUAAAGCAAAAUAAGGCAAGGACUAUAUUGCAACAUUUGAGUGAGGCUUGGCGAUGCUGGAAAGCAAAUAUUCCUUGGAAGGUUCCUGGCCUGCCUGUUCCCAUUGAGAACAUGAUUCUUCGAUAUGUGAAAUCAAAAGCAGACUGGUGGACAAAUGUUGCUCAUUAUAAUCGUGAGCGUAUAAGAAGAGGUGCAACUGUGGAUAAGACUGUUUGUCGUAAGAAUCUUGGAAGAUUGACACGACUCUGGCUGAAGGCAGAACAGGAACGUCAACACAAUUAUUUGAAAGAUGGUCCGUAUGUUACUCCUGAAGAAGCUGUUGCUAUCUAUACAACAACUGUACAUUGGUUGGAAUCUAGGAAGUUCUCCCCUAUUCCCUUUCCACCUUUAUCAUAUAAGCAUGAUACCAAGCUGCUUAUCCUUGCACUUGAGAGGUUGAAAGAAUCCUAUAGUGUUGCAGUGAGAUUAAAUCAACUGCAAAGAGAAGAGUUGGGGCUGAUUGAGCAAGCUUAUGACAAUCCACAUGAGGCAUUAUCGCGAAUCAAGCGGCACUUGCUCACCCAGCGUGCAUUCAAAGAAGUUGGGAUAGAGUUUAUGGAUUUAUAUAGCUACUUGAUUCCAGUUUACGAGAUAGAGCCUCUUGAGAAAAUUACAGAUGCAUAUCUUGAUCAAUACCUGUGGUAUGAAGGUGACAAGCGUCAUCUCUUUCCCAACUGGAUCAAGCCAGCAGAUUCAGAGCCUCCUCCCCUUUUAGUUUACAAAUGGUGUCAAGGUAUAAACAAUUUGCAAAGUAUAUGGGACACCAGUGAGGGUCAGUGUGUUGUGAUGCUGCAAACUAAGUUUGAGAAAUUCUUUGAGAAGAUUGAUUUAACAAUGCUUAACAGGCUUCUGCGACUGGUUCUAGACCAUAAUAUUGCUGAUUAUGUCACUGCAAAGAACAAUGUGGUGUUGUCAUACAAGGAUAUGAGCCAUACAAAUUCAUAUGGUCUUAUACGUGGCCUGCAGUUUGCUUCCUUUGUUGUUCAGUAUUAUGGGCUGGUAUUAGAUCUUUUACUUCUUGGACUGACUCGAGCCAGUGAGAUUGCUGGUCCACCACAGAUGCCAAACGAAUUCAUUACUUAUUGGGAUACAAAAGUUGAGACUAAGCAUCCAAUCAGGCUUUAUUCUCGGUACAUUGAUCGGGUCCAUAUAUUAUUUCGUUUCACCCAUGAGGAGGCUCGGGAUCUCAUUCAGCGGUAUCUGACCGAGCACCCUGAUCCUAACAAUGAGAACAUGGUGGGGUACAAUAAUAAGAAGUGUUGGCCAAGAGAUGCUAGAAUGAGGCUUAUGAAACAUGAUGUCAAUCUUGGAAGGAGUGUCUUCUGGGAUAUGAAGAAUCGCCUUCCUCGAAGCAUCACAACAUUGGAGUGGGAGAACAGUUUUGUUUCUGUUUACAGCAAGGAUAAUCCAAACUUGCUUUUUAGCAUGUGUGGAUUUGAAGUGAGGAUACUUCCUAAAAUUAGAAUGACUCAAGAAGCAUUCAGUAACACAAGAGAUGGUGUCUGGAAUCUCCAGAAUGAACAGACGAAAGAAAGGACAGCUGUUGCUUUCUUACGAGUUGAUGAUGAACACAUGAAAGUGUUCGAGAAUCGUGUGAGGCAGAUUCUUAUGUCUUCCGGUUCUACUACAUUCACAAAAAUUGUCAAUAAGUGGAACACAGCUUUAAUAGGACUCAUGACUUAUUUCCGGGAGGCAACUGUGCAUACUCAAGAGCUGUUGGAUUUGCUAGUCAAAUGUGAAAAUAAAAUUCAGACUCGUAUUAAGAUUGGACUCAACUCAAAGAUGCCUAGCAGGUUUCCACCUGUCAUUUUCUACACCCCUAAAGAAAUUGGAGGGCUUGGAAUGUUGUCCAUGGGCCACAUUUUGAUUCCACAAAGUGAUCUUCGAUACAGCCAGCAGACAGAUGUUGGAGUAACCCACUUCAGGAGUGGGAUGAGUCAUGAGGAGGACCAACUGAUUCCCAACCUUUAUCGUUAUAUACAGCCUUGGGAGAGCGAAUUCAUUGAUUCACAGCGUGUCUGGGCUGAAUAUGCUUUGAAGAGGCAGGAAGCACAGGCUCAAAACAGACGUUUGACCCUUGAAGAUCUGGAAGAUUCAUGGGAUAGAGGUAUACCACGUAUAAACACUUUGUUUCAAAAGGAUAGACACACUUUGGCUUAUGAUAAAGGAUGGAGGGUGCGUACUGAUUUCAAGCAGUAUCAAGUUCUCAAACAAAAUCCCUUCUGGUGGACACAUCAGAGGCAUGAUGGGAAAUUGUGGAACUUGAACAAUUACCGUACUGAUGUUAUUCAAGCCCUUGGAGGAGUUGAAGGAAUUCUUGAACAUACUUUAUUCAAAGGAACAUAUUUUCCAACUUGGGAGGGUCUUUUCUGGGAAAAGGCAUCUGGCUUUGAGGAAUCUAUGAAGUAUAAGAAGCUCACCAAUGCUCAGAGAUCUGGUCUAAACCAGAUACCCAACCGAAGAUUUACACUAUGGUGGUCCCCAACCAUUAACCGAGCCAAUGUUUAUGUGGGUUUCCAAGUGCAGCUAGAUCUGACUGGUAUUUUCAUGCAUGGAAAAAUACCAACUUUGAAGAUAUCCCUUAUUCAGAUAUUCAGAGCUCACUUGUGGCAAAAGAUCCAUGAGAGUGUUGUUAUGGAUCUCUGUCAGGUUUUGGAUCAAGAGUUGGAUGCUUUGGAGAUUGAAACUGUUCAGAAGGAAACAAUCCAUCCAAGGAAAAGCUACAAAAUGAACAGUUCUUGUGCAGACAUUCUUCUCUUUGCUGCCCAUAGAUGGCCAAUGUCAAAGCCUAGUCUUGUAGCUGAAUCUAAGGAUGUUUUUGAUCAGAAGGCAAGCAAUAAGUACUGGAUUGAUGUUCAGCUACGAUGGGGUGAUUAUGACUCUCAUGAUAUUGAGCGUUAUACUCGGGCCAAAUUUAUGGACUACACAACAGAUAACAUGUCUAUAUACCCAUCUCCUACUGGGGUGAUGAUUGGUCUUGAUUUGGCAUAUAAUUUGCAUUCUGCGUUUGGGAACUGGUUCCCAGGGUCAAAACCACUACUUCAGCAGGCCAUGAAUAAGAUCAUGAAGUCAAAUCCUGCACUGUAUGUGUUGAGGGAACGGAUAAGGAAAGGUUUGCAGUUGUACUCUUCUGAGCCCACUGAACCAUAUUUGUCUUCCCAAAACUAUGGAGAGAUAUUCAGCAACCAAAUAAUAUGGUUUGUUGAUGACACUAAUGUGUAUCGUGUUACAAUUCAUAAGACUUUCGAAGGAAAUCUUACAACGAAGCCCAUCAAUGGUGCUAUAUUUAUUUUCAAUCCAAGGACUGGGCAGUUGUUUCUCAAGGUUAUUCAUACCAGUGUGUGGGCUGGUCAGAAGCGUCUUGGGCAGUUGGCGAAGUGGAAAACAGCAGAAGAAGUUGCUGCUCUUGUAAGGUCUUUGCCUGUUGAAGAACAGCCAAAGCAAAUUAUUGUCACUCGUAAAGGAAUGUUGGAUCCAUUGGAGGUUCACCUGCUGGAUUUCCCCAACAUUGUUAUUAAAGGAAGUGAACUGCAACUUCCUUUCCAGGCAUGUUUGAAAAUUGAGAAAUUUGGGGAUCUUAUAUUGAAGGCCACAGAACCGCAAAUGGUUUUGUUCAAUAUCUAUGAUGACUGGCUGAAGAGUAUUUCUUCAUACACUGCAUUCUCCAGGCUGAUUCUGAUUCUGCGUGCACUCCAUGUGAAUAAUGAAAAGGCAAAAAUGUUGCUGAAGCCUGAUAAAACUAUCAUCACUGAACCUCAUCACAUCUGGCCUUCUCUAAGUGAUGAUCAAUGGAUGAAGGUGGAGGUUGCAUUAAGAGAUCUUAUACUAUCAGAUUAUGCAAAGAAAAACAAUGUGAAUACUUCAGCUUUGACUCAGUCUGAGAUCCGUGAUAUUAUACUUGGAGCUGAGAUUACUCCACCUUCUCAACAGCGGCAACAGAUUGCAGAGAUUGAGAAACAGGCCCAUGAAGCAAAUCAGGUGACAGCUGUGACAACAAAGACUACAAAUGUUCACGGUGAAGAACUUAUAGUAACCACCACUAGUCCUUAUGAGCAAGCUGCUUUUGGUUCUAAGACUGACUGGCGUGUCAGAGCAAUAUCAGCCACAAAUUUAUACCUUCGCGUGAACCAUAUAUAUGUGAACUCUGAGGAUAUAAAGGAAACGGGAUACACCUAUAUUAUGCCAAAGAACAUUUUGAAAAAGUUUAUAUGCAUAGCAGAUCUUCGAACGCAAAUUUCUGGGUACAUGUAUGGCAUAAGUCCUCCAGAUAAUCCUCAGGUUAAAGAAAUUCGCUGCAUUGUGAUGCCACCCCAAUGGGGGACACAUCAACAAGUUCAUCUGCCAUCAGCUCUUCCAGAGCAUGAUUUCUUGAAUGAUUUGGAGCCUUUAGGAUGGAUGCAUACUCAACCAAAUGAACUUCCUCAGUUGUCGCCUCAGGAUCUCACUUCACAUGCCAAGAUCCUAGAGAACAAUAAGCAAUGGGAUGGGGAGAAGUGUAUUAUCUUGACUUGCAGCUUUACUCCUGGUUCUUGUUCUUUAACUGCAUAUAAGCUCACUCCAUCUGGUUAUGAAUGGGGGCGUGUUAAUAAGGAUACGGGAAGCAAUCCACAUGGUUACCUUCCCACCCAUUAUGAGAAGGUUCAGAUGCUCCUUAGUGAUCGCUUCCUUGGUUUCUACAUGGUUCCUGAUAAUGGUCCAUGGAAUUACAACUUCAUGGGGGUGAGACACGCAUCAGGGAUGAAAUAUGGAGUGAAGCUUGGGACUCCUAGGGAAUAUUACCACGAGGACCAUAGACCAACCCAUUUCUUAGAGUUCAGCAAUAUGGAGGAAGUGGAGAUAACUGCUGAGGGAGAUCGAGAGGAUACAUUCUCUUGAGAUAAAAAUAUUUUUGUUUGAGAUAUGCAAGUGGCAGGUCUUUUAAUUUUUUAAACUUGUCAGAGUAUGUUGUAUUAUCUACUGUUUUUUCAUCCUAGGGAUUUUGCAACAACGGUAUCAUAGCUUUGUAUAUAAUUACGAAUCAACAAUUCUACUUCUACAAAUAUCUGCUUCUGCAUUUACUAUAUAUCCAAUUUUAGCAAAUUAUGAAAGGACG